GCACCGCACACGCCGAGGUGUCGCUCGCAGCGACAGGUGCACGCGCGCGACGAGCAACGAGGACCAGGAGUGCCACGACAGUGAAAGUGAACAGUGACUGCCAACCACCGAGUGCUGCUCGCGGUGAUGCGUGUGUAGUGAUGGACAGCAAGAGCAUGACGGCGACCGCGUGGCGGACGCUGGCGGUGCUGGCGCUGCUGCUGGCGGCCGCCGGCGCCCUGGAGAACAAGGACUCGGAGGCGGCGGCCAUGAUGGUGCCCGCCGAGCCCGCGCAGGACAAGAAGCCGGCCAAGGUGGUGGCCAAGGUGGCGGCCACCAGGAACGACGAGCGCGAGCGCUUCCUGGGCGUGGUGCUGCCGGCCGGCGUGCAGGCCCAGGCCAAGGCCCAGGCCACCUCCAAGGCGCCCCUCGCGCAGCUGCGCUUCGGCCAGAGGGGCGGCCCGGGCCAGGGCGGCCAGGGGCGGCAGGGGCUCGGCGGCAAGCAGCGCGACCGAGAAGAACUGGACUACCGCUACUACUGGGGCAACGUGGGCGCCAGGGUGGAGGGCUACGACCCCGGCGCCGACUUGGGGCCGUCCUACGGGCAGGUGGACCUGGACGAGCUGGCCAACGGGCGGUGCGGGCCGCCUUCCUACCGCAGCACGUCGCAGAACCCCCAGGGCGGCGUGGCCGGCUUCACCCUCACACCGGACCAGCUGCGCCAGAUCCGCAGCAAGUUCAUGUACUGGUACUUCGACAAGUGUGGCGACGACGGCGGCGGCGACUACCAGAAGGACAUCCACUCGUCCAUGCCGCAGCUGCACAAGAACCUCAACUUCCAGCUGCCCUUCUACGGCUUCCGUUUCAACUACACCAGGCUGUCCAUGAACGGAUACCUCGAGUUCUCCGACCCUCCGGAGCACUACACGUACCCGCUGUCGUUCCCGAUCAAGGAGUGGCCGGCGCGCAACGACCCCAGCUUCAUCGGCAUCUUCUUCAGCAAGUGCCGCAUCGGCUCCAUCCGCGUGGAGGAGCUGGACCAGCGCAUCCCCGGCGUGUACUUUCGCCUGGAGCGCGACCUACAGUUCCGCACGGACCAGUUCGGCGUCAUGAUGCGCGAGAGGCUCAUGUGGGACGUCCGCGAGGGCAUCGUGGGGGCCGACACGUUCGUGCCCAAGCACGCCGUCAUCGCCACUUGGAAGAACAUGUCCUUCGCCGGCGGCAUCGACAACUCUUUGUACAAGACCAACACGUUCCAAAUGGUGCUGGCCACGGACGAGGUGUACACGUACGCCAUCUUCAACUACCUCAACAUCCAGUGGACCACACACACCGAGGCCAGCGGCGACACCACCUCCGGCGAGGGGGGCACCCCUGCUUUCGUGGGCUUCAACGCGGGCAACGGCACGCGGUCGUGGGAGUACAACCCCUACUCGCAGUUCACGACGGUGCGGGACUUGGCCAGCAGAGGCUGGGUCAACGGCUUCCCGGGUCGACACAUCUUCCGGAUAGACGAGAACAUCCUCAAUGGCAACUGUAACAAGGACAUGGCCGGCGCCACCAUGGCGCUCACGUUCGCCCCGGAGAGCGGCAACAUGCUGGGCGGCACGGUGGUCAACAUCACGGGUCCGUGCUUCGUGCCCGGCCAGAAGGUGCUGUGCCGCUUCGACGACGAGGACGUGGUGGGCACCGUGGUGGACACCAACCGCGCCAUCUGCGUGCAGCCCAGGCUGUACGCCGACGGGUACGUGCGCUUCGAGAUCUCCAUCCCGGAAGCGCGCUUCAACUGGAAGGGCAAGUUCUUCGUCGAGACGCCGGCCAUGGCCACCGAGCGCAUCACCUUCGAGACGCGCGCGGUGCACGAGCGCAGCCCGGCCGAGAUCAAGUUCAGCUGGAACGCGUACAACUUGACGGCCAACACGGCGGCCGCCAUCCGCAUCUCGCUGUACGGCUACCGCGAGCCCACCAUCCACCCCGAGCUCAAGCUCAUCGACGUCCUCGAGGAGGGGGUGCAGAACACGGGCUCGUACAGCCUGUCCCCAGCGGCGUACCGGCAGCGCAACAACCUCAACAUGACCAACAUGCACUUCGGCUUCAUCCAAAUCAGCCUCGUCAACCCCACGCAGUACUCCGGCCUCUCCGUUUCCCCCACACUGUGGAGCAAACCCAUCCCGCUGGGCUGGUACUUCGGGCCGCAGUGGGAGCGGCUCUACGGCACGGCGUGGCCCGAGGAGCUGUGCAACAACUGGCUCAUGGACGACCGCUACAAGAAGAACUUCGCCGCCGAGGUGGCGCAGUGCCCGUGCACGCUGGACCAGGCCCUGGCCGACAAGGGCCGCUUCCUGCCCGACUUCGACUGCGACCGCAUCGCCAACCCCGAGUGCUUCUACCACAAGGGCGCGGUGCACUGCGUGCGCACGGGCUCGGCCAGCCAGCAGGGCGCGGGCCAGCAGUGCUGCUACGACAAGAACAACUACCUCAUGAUGUCGUACGACCAGAUGUGGGGUUCCAGGCCGUACCGGUCGCACAACCUGGGUGUGCUGCCAUGGAACGAGGCCAACAAGGUGCCCACGCUCUCGCAGUGGUACAACGACAUGAUCCCAUUCUACCACUGCUGCCUGUGGCAGGACGAGCAGGCCGUGGGCUGCGAGACUUUUCGCUUCGAGCGACGGCCCACGCAGGACUGCGUGUCCUACCAGCCGCCGGAAGUGGCCGCCGUGUUUGGUGACCCGCACGUGGUGACGUUCGACAACCUGCAGUACACGUUCAACGGCAAGGGCGAGUUCGUGCUGGUGCACGUCGACAACCAGAAGCAGAAGCUGGACGUGCAGGGCCGCUUCGAGCAGAUGCCCAGCAACCUGUACGGCCCGGUGCGCGCCACGCAGCUCACCUCGCUGGCCGCCCAGGACAACUCCUCCACCAUCAUCGAGGUCCGCCUGCGGCCCCCGCAGGCACAGUGGCGAUACCGCCUCGACGUCUUCGCCGACAAGAAGAGGGUCUUCUUCGACCGCCAGUCUCUCAGAGUUCAGCACUUCCAGGGUGUGACUGUGUACACGCCCCCGUACAUCCUGAACCAGUCCGAGGUGCUCAUGAUGUUCGCCUCGGGCGUCGGCGUCGAGGUGGUGGAGAGCAACGGGUACAUGUCGGGGCGGGUGUACUUGCCCUGGACCUACAUCAACCAAACGAAAGGCCUGUUCGGGAACUGGAGCUUCGACAUGACGGACGACUUCGUGCUGCCGGACAACACGCUGGCCCCCGUCACCAACAACCUCAACAGCUUCGAGCGGGUCCACAGGGACUUCGCCUUAAAAUGGAUGCUGGAGGACAAGGAUGAUCCCAACAAGGGCGCGGCGCUUUUCUUGCGUGAGAACGGCCGGCUGUCUAGCUACUACGCCAACAGGUCCUUCGUGCCGGAGUUUCGGGCCACGCCAGAGGAGAUCAUCCCAGCCAACAGAUCAAAGGACAUCGAGAUGGCGCACGCGCUCUGCGGUGACUCUUACCCUUGCAUGUACGACUACUCCGUGACGCUCAACCGGGACGCCGCGUUCUACACGCUCAACUACCACGCCGCCGUCGUCAACCUCAAGACCAUCCACCACAGAAGGAUCGUGUCCUGCGGCAUCUUGGAGACGCCCCGCUUCGGGCGCAAGAGCACGUUCCUGUUCGUGCCCGGCACCAAGGUGGUCUUCGAGUGCAACCAGAACUUCGUGCUCGUCGGCGACCAGAGGCGGACCUGCCUGCCAGAGGGGCGCUGGGACAUUCCGGACUACGGCUACACCGAGUGCUUGCGCAUGGUGGAGUACGAGUCGCAGCAGUCCUGGGUCACGAUAGGCGUCAUCCUCAUCGUCAUGCUCCCCCUCCUUAUCCCAAUCCUGGUGGCCUACACGCGCUACGUGCGCACGCGGCGCAGCGAGGGGUCGGCGUCGUCCUGGAAGUUCGACGCCGGCUCGUUCCGGCGCUCGUUCAGGCCGCGCUCGGCCAAGACGCCGGCCGCCGCCACGCUGCUGGACAAGGGCAAGGCCUCGCCGACCGACUUCGACGCCGACUCGGGCUUCGGCGCCGGCCAGUACCGACGCGGCGUCGGCGUCGACAGUUCCCCCAGCGACCUGGGCGUCGCGGCCGCACCCCCACUGCUGGGGGCGUCGGCCACCCCGUCGGCCACCCCGUCCCCCACGGACUCGGUUCGCCCCCAGAAACUGCCGACCAAGUACGAUGGCGUUUACCACACCAACGAGCCCCUGCCCGGAAAGCCAAACAUAGAGUUCGAGGACAAGGCGUGGGACUUGGACGAGUCGGUGCUGGAGUCACCGCCAUCCUCGCCCACCAACCCCAGCGACAAGAGUGGCAGCGUGCAGACGGACAUCUUCUAGCAGACUUACUAGCUACACUCCCAGUAACCUACUGAGCUUUCUCUUCUUACGAACAAUUAUCAUGACUGCGCAGCAAAGGUAGUCACCUACGGUGAAAGGUGCUCAGUAACUCAUGGCCAAUUUCUUCAUAUUACGAACAAAUUUCUCUGUAUUAUGACAGAUUUGUGUCGUAAAGUGCUGAGAAUCAGCUCAGUAUUAUGACUGCACGGCAUUUCUCAGUGGGAAAUUGGGAGUGUAGGGCGUUAUAUUCCAACAGAACUGAGUUCAUUCAUUAGUGCCGUGUCAUUUCCAUUUUGAUAUUCUGAAUUGAAAGUGUCAUUUUCUAUGAGGUUUCAUCAUCAUUCAUCCUUCGUCUAAGAAAAUAGAAACGUUAAACCAUUCAUCGAGUUGUACUAUACGUAGUGGAUCUUGACGCAGCUUACGCUCACGUCAGCGAACCAGCAUUGCUGACGUUUGCGAUGGACCUCAACCAUGACAUAGCGUCCACCGUGUAAAUAUGUUCUUGUUUUCUUUAUUUUUAAAUAAAAAGGGAAAAGUCUU